AUGGCCCGAGGAGGGAGUAAAACAGGACGGGGAGAAAAGGCAGAGAGCGAUGUUGUCAGGCUACAGUAUCGCACGCCGUGGAUGAUAUUUACACCGACAUUCAUUUUCUUUUUUCUUCUUAACUAUCUGGCCUGGUUCACCACCGUCAAUGAGGACGGCACCGAUCUCGUCGCGUCACCCUACGUCGCUGCCAUACAGGCGGAGAGGGCGAGAAACCUGUGGAAGCAGGAGUGGUCGUUUGAUAUGCAGGUCUUCCUUGAGGAUACCGUGCUGCGCAGCCUCUUCCGUGUGAGCCAACACUUUGGCGGAAUGGAGGGGGUUCGCAUCAUAUGGUGCCUUGCAUGGCUGGCGCACUGCCUGGAGGUGGGCAUCGCCUUUCGAAUUUGUCUGUCAUGCGGAGCGACGCCGGCAGUGUUUGCCGCAUACUGCCUUUUCACUGCGCUUGGCGGCGUCACCCAGCUGCUACCGCUGAUUGAGGCCCGUGACAAGUACAUCUCGCUGCUGCCAACCCCGACAGCCAAGAAGAAUAAGUAA